CGCUGGGAGCCAGCCGGCGGGGCGCUGUGGGUUGGCGGGCUAGUGGGAUGGCAGAUGAGGAAGAAGACCCCACAUUUGAGGAAGAAAAUGAAGAAAUUGGAGGAGGUGCAGAAGGUGGACAGGGUAAAAGAAAGAGGCUUUUUUCUAAAGAAUUGCGAUGUAUGAUGUAUGGCUUUGGGGAUGACCAGAAUCCUUAUACUGAGUCAGUGGAUAUUCUUGAAGAUCUUGUCAUAGAGUUUAUCACUGAAAUGACUCACAAGGCAAUGUCGAUUGGAAGACAAGGUCGAGUACAAGUUGAAGAUAUUGUCUUCUUGAUUCGAAAGGACCCAAGAAAGUUUGCCAGGGUUAAAGACUUGCUUACUAUGAAUGAAGAAUUGAAACGAGCUAGAAAAGCAUUUGAUGAAGCAAACUAUGGAUCUUGACACUUUUUGUAGUUUCUGAAAAUUACCAUCUGGGGAAAUCAUAUAUAAUAAUUGUAUAUUUUCUAAAUUAAGGUUCUGAUAUCUAGCCAUGUAAAUGAAAGAUAGAGAAAGUUUUCAGCCUUUAUUUUUAUGCCUUUGAUUUUAGAGUGAUAUUGGUGUAUUUAAUUGCCUGCCUUUGUAUUACCAUACUUGAAUUACUUACUGGGGUUUAAUGACCACACGUAAGUCAAUGUACCUUGCAAGCCAUGCCGUUCCUUCUGAGUUUUGACUAUCUAAAGGAUAAAGUAGUAUUUAUCUGUUAGGUAUGUUUAUACCCUUGUAAGCUGUACUGUAGCUUUUUUUUUUUUUUUUUUGAGACAGAGUCUCGGUAUGUCG